AUGGGACAGAAUCCUCUCCCGCUCCAGGCGUACUGCACUCAGUUUUGGCUCUCGCAGCCCAUUGCGCCUGCUCCCUACGGCCCCGGCGGUGUCCUGCCUGGCGGCAUGGGUGAUGCUAACCAGCCUACACGUGUCGUCGGCUCGCGAGGCCGCCGUGGCAUUCGCCCCAGCGCUCCUGGCCGCCCUGCUGCCACUCCUGCUGGCGCUGGCAACACCAAGAGCCCGGUUAAGGGUGCCGAUGGCAGAUUCCGUUGCCCUCAAUGCCCCAAGACCUUCUUGCACGAAAGCGGUGUGAGGCGUCAUGAUACGGGCGACCGCCCCUACAGGUGUGUGCUGUGUGGCGACACUUUCUCGCGAAGUGACAUUCUUAAGGAACACUUCCAGAAGUGCUCCAUUCGCCGAGGUAACCCGACUGGUGCUAGUCACUUGUCUGACCCUCGGGCUCGUGUCAAGAAGGCUGGUGCGCAGAACGCGGCUGCUGGUCAGGAUGGCGAUCUGAACCACCCCAAUGCUAACACGCCUGCGGAUGACAUGGCUCAGCCUUUUGGUAUGAUGCCUGUGUCGGACGGGAUGAACAACCUUGGCGGGUCGAACUCGAACCAACAAUCGGGCCUUGGUCGGUCUCAAAUAUCCAGGCUGACGCAGAUCGCAACCAUAUCAGAGCCUAAUACCGAUGCUGAAAGUAUGGAACGUCCUCCCAGCCACCAAAAUCAGCUCGAUUCCCUUUUCUUCUCGACCUGGGACGUGCCGUCAUCGAUCCAUGAUCCCUUUUCCCAUCUCUCCAACCAGAUUCUCAACUUCGUUUACCCUCCAGGUUUCCCGAUAGAUGACGAAAGCACCGGCCUCAACCAAUUCUCUGCUGAAAACGUCCGCCAGUUCUUGGGAAAUUUCACUUAUUCACAUGACUAUAACCCCAUUCUAUAUACAACCACUAUCAUGGAAGCCUAUACAGGCUUAUUGGUAGGCAUGUGCUGCAUGGGUGCUUACUACUCUCGCCGUGUUUCUCUAGAUCACAUGCGCGACAUGAUGAUUCUCCUCAGGUCCGCGCUGGCUCGUGACGUACUGUUGGCCACUUCGGGCAAACAGCAAAGUGGUAACGCUGACGCGGGUGCCUCAAGUAACGGUCACUGGGGCUUUGAGAAAGUCGAGGCUUUGAGGCUGCUCCAAAUUCUGCAACUCCGCCUUGGAAGUUAA